AUGGAUCAUCAUGGUGGUGGUUUUGCUACAUCACCAUGGGCUGCAGCAGUAUUAGGACAUCAUGCUAUGGCGGCAACUGGAUCUGCUGAACAUACAAAUUUUGUUGCAGCAGCAGCUGCGCAUGUUCAUCAUAGUAGUGUUGCAGCAGCAGCUGCUGUACAUCAUCAUUCACAUCAUUCACAUCAUCAUCAUCAUCAUCAUCAUGCACUAAAUCAUGGUAUGCCAAUGGAUUUACAUGUACCACAAGGAUUUCCAUAUUAUAGAUUAACCACUUAUACUUGCCCAAAUGAAAAUUGUACUCAACGAUUUCAAAACGUGUCCUCCUAUAAAAGACAUUUAAUUAGAGCGCAUUCAAAAACAAUAAGAAGAGAGAAAGUAGUAAACAAAAUAGAAAGCCUAAAUUGUGCUCAAAAAUUUUGUAUUUCCAAUACAGAAAAAAAUGAUUUAUCAACUAAAGAAGAUUCCGAAUUAAAUGAAGCUUAUCCUAAAACAAAUGAAGGUCAUCCAGAACUUAGUGAAUUUCAUUCUGAAUUAAAUGAAGUUCAUACCACUACUUGCAAUAUUUUUGACAUUAAAAUUUUUAAAUUGGAAUAUUUAAACAAGCUAACUGAAUUCACACUCUUAUUACAUAACAAUAAUAAUUUUACUAGAAAAGACGUUAUUGAUUUACAAAAUAGCAUAACAAAAUUCCUUAUCCAUCCUCUUUUAAAUGGAGCUAUAAAAAAAUUAGAUGAAUUUGAUACGAAAUGUCAAAAAAUACAUAAUUUCGCACAAGGUAGACUUUGGCAAGAAAAAAAAAAAUUAUAUAGUGAUAAAACAACUGUUCCAUAUUUUCUAUACAUUGACGAUUUUGAAAUAAAUAAUCCACUGGGUUCACAUAGUGGUAAUCAAGCCAUAACUGCCAUUUACUUUUCUUUUCCAACGUUAGAAUGUUUUUCGAAACUGAAUGAUAUAUAUUUAGCUGCUCUUAUAAAAGCAAAAGAUAUAAAAAAAUUUGGAAAUGAUUUAACAAUUAACUCAUUGAUUGAAAAAUUAAUAUCAUUGGAAUUGAACGGCUUAAAUUUAACUUUGGACAACAAAAAAGAAACAAUUCAUUUUAUUUUGGGUUUAGUUCUAGGCGAUAACUUGGGGCUUAACCAAGUUUUGGAAUUAAGUAAAUCUUUUUCAGCUACUAAUUUUUGUCGGUUUUGUGUUGAUAAUAAGGAUAUUACAAAAGUAUUGGCAGAAGAAAAUAUGUUAACUCUAAGAAAUGAAAAAAAUUACAAUGAAAGUUUAACGGAUAAUCCCGAUGUUUUCAAUGGAGUUUUAAAGAAUUCCUUGCUGAAUACUAUUCCAUCUUUUCAUGUCACACGAAACUUUGCUGUUGAUUUAAUGCAUGACAUUUUUGAAGAUAUUUCAUUUGCAAAUAUUAAAAAGAAGAAAUUUAAUCUUUCAGCCAGAGAAAUGUGGUGUCUGAUACAUCAUUUUCCUCUCAUGGUAGCCCAUUUAAUUCCUGCAAACGAUGAAGUUUGGAUCUUCCUAUGCACUUUUGUUUCAUUAAUUGAUAGCUUACUAAUGCCAAGUUUUGAUGAACAUGAUCUUGAAAAACUUCAAAAAUUAAUCAAAUUUCAUAAUACACAAUAUGUAAGGUUAUUCGGAGACGAUUUGAAGCCAAAACAUCAUCUUUUAAUUCACUAUCCCAGGAUAAUUCAGUAUUCCGGCCCACCAAAAUUUUUUUGGUCUUUUAGAUAUGAAGGAAAGCAUAGAGAGCUAAAAUCGUACGCUAAAGUCAUUACGAGCAGAAAAAAUGUACUAUUAUCUAUUGCGACGAAAUUUCAAAUAAAGUUCGCCUAUCAAUUCUUGAAAAAAGAUGAAUCAGAUGUGUUAAUCUACCUCGAAAUACAUAAAUGUAUUUGUAAAAGUCCAGAUUUACUUCCAAAUAAAUUAAAAAUUUUACAUUGUAAUGUUGUAUAUUUCAAACAAGUUAUAUAUAAUGGAAUAUUAUAUAAAAAAGGACACUUUUUAUCUAUUACAAAAAAUUCCUGUACAAUAAUCUACGAAAUAGAAGAGUGUGCAAUUGUUUUUGAAAAAAAUUUGUAUAUAACGUGCCGUAAAAAAUCAUCAAACUUUUUAGAUCAUUAUGUUUCUUUUGAAAUUAUAACUUAA